AUGAAACGAGAAGAGCCGCCGCCACCAAUUCAAGAAUACAAAGAAUUAAGUGUUAGCAGAGGAAUUUCGAUAUUAGACCUCAUUCUCAGAAUUCUUGCAAUAUUCGGUACAUUAGGAAGUGCUGUUGCAAUGGGGACGACAGACGAAACACUUCCUUUCUCGACGCAAUCCGUCAUAUUCCAAGCUCAAUACGACGAUAUUCCCACCUUUCGGUUCUUUGUGAUUGCGAAUGGAAUAGCAUGCGGUUAUCUUGCGAUUAUUUCUCUACCGUUGGCCAUCUAUCAUAUCAUCAGGGCCACGUCAGCAAAGAGCCGGGCGUUGCUGAUUUUCUUGGACACGAUAAUGGUAACUGUACUAACUGCAGGAGCUUCAGCUGCAGCAGCUAUUGUAUACAUAGCACACAAGGGCAACUCUUCGGCAAAUUGGGCUGCUAUUUGUCAGCAGUACCAAACUUUCUGCGUUCGCAUCACGGGAUCUUUAAUCGGCUCUUUUGCCGCAGUUUUUAUCUUGAUUUUAUUGAUCCCUUUGUCGGGAUUAAUAUUAUCUAGGCAACAUUAA